AGAUACAGAUGAUCCUCCAAGAAUUACUCAAAAUCCUGUCAUUAAUGGGAAUGUAGCGAUGGCUGACGGACAUAACAACACUGAGGAAGACAUGGAAGAUGGUGGCAGCUGUGCUCUGGUUUUGUCUUUAUGUGAUACAAGUUGGCGAUCAGAAGCAACAUUUCAGUUUACAGUGGAACGCUUCAACAGGUUGAGUGAGUCAGUGCUCAGCCCUCCCUGCUUCGUUCGGAAUUUGCCGUGGAAGAUCAUGGUGAUGCCACGACUCUACCCGGACAGACCCCACCAAAAAAGUGUAGGAUUCUUCCUUCAGUGCAAUGCUGAAUCUGAUUCCACGUCAUGGUCCUGUCAUGCACAAGCAGUUCUCAAGAUAAUAAACUACAAGGAUGAUGAAAAAUCAUUCAGUCGUCGUAUUAGUCACUUGUUCUUUCAUAAGGAGAAUGACUGGGGCUUUUCUAACUUCAUGGCCUGGAGUGAAGUUACUGAUCCUGAAAAAGGCUUUAUAGAAGAGGACAAAGUUACUUUUGAAGUCUAUGUUCAAGCAGAUGCUCCACACGGAGUAGCGUGGGAUUCAAAGAAGCACACAGGAUAUGUUGGCUUAAAGAACCAGGGAGCAACUUGUUACAUGAACAGUUUGUUACAGACUUUAUUUUUCACAAAUCAGCUACGAAAGGCUGUGUACAUGAUGCCCACAGAAGGAGAUGAUUCAUCCAAAAGUGUUCCUUUAGCAUUGCAAAGAGUGUUUUAUGAGCUGCAACAUAGUGACAAACCAGUUGGAACUAAAAAGUUAACAAAAUCAUUUGGGUGGGAAACUUUAGACAGCUUCAUGCAACAUGAUGUCCAGGAAUUAUGUCGAGUGCUGCUUGAUAAUGUGGAAAAUAAAAUGAAAGGCACAUGUGUAGAAGGCACUAUCCCUAAACUGUUCAGAGGGAAGAUGGUGUCUUAUAUCCAAUGCAAGCACGUAGACUAUCGAUCUGAACGAAUAGAAGAUUAUUACGACAUCCAGCUAAGUAUAAAGGGAAAGAAAAAUAUUUUUGAGUCCUUCAUUGACUACGUUGCAGUGGAGCAGUUGGAUGGUGAUAACAAGUAUGAUGCAGGAGAACAUGGCUUGCAGGAGGCAGAGAAAGGUGUGAAGUUCCUAACAUUGCCACCAGUAUUACACCUACAACUCAUGAGAUUUAUGUAUGAUCCUCAGACUGACCAAAACAUCAAGAUAAAUGAUAGGUUUGAAUUUCCUGAACAGUUGCCACUAGAUGAAUUUUUGCAAAAAACAGAUCCUAAAGAUCCUGCAAAUUACAUUCUCCAUGCAGUUCUAGUACACAGUGGAGAUAACCAUGGUGGACAUUACGUUGUUUACUUAAAUCCAAAGGGCGAUGGCAAAUGGUGUAAAUUCGAUGACGACGUGGUGUCGAGGUGCACGAAGGAGGAGGCGAUCGAGCACAACUACGGGGGGCACGACGACGACCUGUCUGUGCGGCACUGCACCAACGCCUACAUGCUGGUCUACAUCAGGGAGUCCAAGCUCAGUGAAGUUUUGCAACCUGUCACCGACCAUGAUAUUCCUCAACAACUUGUAGAAAGGCUACAAGAAGAGAAAAGGAUAGAAGCUCAGAAGAGGAAGGAGAGGCAGGAGGCUCACCUCUAUAUGCAAGUGCAGAUAGUGGCAGAGGAUCAGUUCUGUGGACACCAAGGCAAUGAUAUGUAUGAUGAAGAAAAAGUGAAAUACACUGUUUUCAAAGUAUUAAAAAAUUCCACACUUACAGAAUUUGUUCAAAACCUCUCUCAAACAAUGGGAUUUCCCCAGGAUCAAAUCAGAUUAUGGCCAAUGCAAGCUAGAAGUAAUGGAACAAAGAGACCUGCAAUGUUAGAUAAUGAAGCAGAUGGCAAUAAAACAAUGAUUGAGCUCAGUGACAAUGAGAAUCCAUGGACAAUAUUUUUGGAAACAGUAGAUCCAGAGAUGGCUGCUACUGGAGCAACAUUACCCAAAUUUGAUAAAGAUCAUGAUGUAAUGUUGUUUCUGAAGAUGUAUGAUCCAAAGACUCGGAGUUUGAAUUAUUGUGGACAUAUCUACACCCCUAUAUCCUGUAAAAUACGUGACUUGCUUCCAGUUAUGUGUGAGAGAGCAGGAUUUCCACAAGAAACUAACCUUAUCCUCUAUGAGGAAGUUAAACCCAAUUUAACAGAAAGGAUUCAAGACUAUGAUGUAUCUCUUGAUAAAGCUCUCGAUGAACUCAUGGAUGGUGACAUCAUAGUGUUUCAGAAGGAUGACCCAGAAAAUGAUAACAGCGAGCUCCCAACAGCUAAGGAAUACUUCCGAGACCUCUAUCACCGUGUGGAUGUCAUUUUCUGUGAUAAAACCAUCCCAAAUGACCCAGGCUUUGUUGUUACUUUAUCCAAUAGGAUGAAUUACUUUCAGGUUGCAAAGACAGUCGCUCAGAGACUUAACACGGAUCCAAUGCUAUUACAGUUUUUCAAGUCCCAAGGUUACAGAGAUGGCCCUGGUAAUCCUCUUAGACAUAAUUAUGAAGGUACUUUAAGAGAUCUUCUGCAGUUCUUCAAGCCUAGGCAACCGAAAAAGCUCUACUAUCAACAGCUCAAAAUGAAGAUAACUGAUUUUGAAAACAGAAGAAGUUUUAAAUGCAUAUGGCUAAAUAGCCAGUUUAGGGAAGAGGAAAUAACAGUAUAUCCAGAUAAGCAUGGGUGUGUGCGGGACCUGUUAGAAGAAUGUAAAAAAGUUGUAGAACUCUCUGAAAAAGGUUCAGGGAAAUUAAGGCUGCUAGAAAUCGUAAGUUACAAAAUAAUCGGUGUCCAUCAGGAGGAUGAACUGUUAGAGUGUUUGUCACCUGCAACAAGUCGAACGUUUCGAAUAGAGGAAAUUCCUCUGGACCAGGUAGAUAUAGAUAAAGAAAAUGAGAUGCUAAUCACAGUGGCACAUUUCCACAAAGAGGUUUUCGGGACUUUUGGAAUUCCAUUCUUGCUGAGGAUACACCAGGGCGAACACUUCAGAGAGGUUAUGAAGAGGAUUCAGACAAUGCUGGACAUACAAGAAAAAGAAUUUGAAAAGUUUAAAUUUGCCAUUGUAAUGAUGGGCCGACACCAGUAUCUCAAUGAAGAUGAGUAUGAAGUGAACUUGAAAGAUUUUGAGUCCCAACCUGGCAACAUGUCUCAUCCAAGGCCAUGGCUAGGGCUUGACCAUUUCAAUAAAGCCCCAAAGAGAAGUCGCUACACUUACCUUGAAAAAGCUAUUAAAAUCCAUAACUGACUUACUUAACCAGAUUGUCAAGGCAAGGGACAAAAAUAAGUGUGUGUGUGCACCUUUUUAACAACUGUAGAACUUUGGUACACGUGCACUAUAUCUGAAGUCUUCAGCAAGAGGAUUUGCUGCUGAUGUUAAUUUUAUUUUGUUGAGGCUGUUCAGUUUGGCUUCUCUGUAUCUAUUGACUGCCCUUUUUGAGCAAAAUGAAGGUGUUUUUAUAAAAGCUUGGAUGCCAAUGAGAGUUAUUUUAUGGUAAACGUAAUGCAAGGCAAUUGUCAGCAUAAUGAGGGAAGAGUUUAGUAGAACUGUUGACAUUGGCAAAAUUAUUUGUCUGUAGUACGUUUAUAGAUGGCAUAAGCUGACUGGCUGCCCUUCCCAUGUGGUGUUCACCAUCACUGCAGCUAGUAAGCCUUAUGUUUAGACUCACAUCAGAUUUAUUUCCUUCAGUUAUACUUUAAAUUACAUUUUUGUGCAUUUGUAAAUGCAAAAGAAAAACUCACAUCAUCAAUAAAUAGCAAUCUCUA